AUGGAGGACGUGCUAGACCUGGACGAGGAGCGGCUUCGCGGCUCGUCCACCUCCGGGGCCAAGAUGGGUCGCCGAGCUCAACCAGAGUCAGCUCAGACUGAGAAGCCGCUCAAUGACAAGAGUGCCUCUUUGACUCUGACUGGAGAGGCGCCUCCCCCUAAGCCACCCCGUCGGCAGGGAGGCUGGGCAGAUGAUUCCAUGAAGACUUCAAAGUUUGGAAGGAAGGCUUCUGAAGAAAUAGAAGAUCACCGCCUCAGACAGCACAGUCUGGAUGGAUCAGAUGAUGGAGGAGACAUUCCUGUUAUUCCGGACCUGGAGGAAGUACAGGAAGAAGACUUCGUUUUGCAGGUGGCAGCCCCUCCCAGCAUUCAGGUCAACCGGGUGAUGACCUACCGUGACCUAGACAAUGACCUCAUGAAGUACUCGGCCUUCCAGACCUUGGAUGGAGAGAUCGACCUGAAGCUGCUCACCAAAGUCCUUGCACCGGAGCACGACGUUCGAGAGGAUGAUGUCAGCUGGGACUGGGACCAUCUGUAUACGGAGGUGUCCUCAGAGCUCCUCAUGGAAUGGGACCAGCUGCAGAUGGAGAAGGAGGAGGCUGUGGGGCAGCCCAGGCACCCCUGA